GGGACAUGGGCCCGCCGCGGGGCUGAGCAGCGCCGCCCGCCAUGAGCUGCACCAUCGAUAAGAUCCUGACGGACGCGCGGACGCUGCUGGAGCGCCCCAUGCGGGAGGCGGGCGCGGGCUGCGCCGAGCAGGGCCCGGGCCCCGCGGCGGAGCGACCCGACCCGUCCGGGCUGCGGCCGCACGUGGUGCUGGCGCAGGAGAACACGCAGAUCCGCGACCUGCAGCAGGAGAAUAGGGAGCUGUGGGUCUCUCUGGAGGAGCACCAGGACGCGCUGGAACUCAUCAUGAGCAAGUACAGGAAGCAGAUGUUACAGCUGCUGGAAGGGAGAAAACGUGAAGAGGCAGAACCAGUGUUGAAAGUCCAUCAGGCUAAUUCUGGGGAAAUUGAAAGUCAAAUAGACAGAAUAUGUGAGAUGGGAGAGGUGAUGAGGAAAGCUGUUCAAGUGGAUGAUGAGCAGUUCUUUAAAGUUCAGGAGAAACUGGCUCAGUUGGAGCUUGAAAACAAAGAGCUGCGUGAGCUGCUGUCCAUCAGCAAAGAGUCCUUCGAGGUGGGGAAAGAUCUGCCAGACUGAAGCUUAGGCCACAAAAACCUCAUCUCCAAGCCUUCAGAGACUGUUAUGAAACUACCUGACAAAGAUUUGUUGUUUCAGGUGUUUCCUUGUAUAUUUGUUUUAUCUUUAAAGUGUGUGGGCUGUUUUCUCUGCAUUUUUCUGAAGUGUUGAUGGCAAAAGCUUGCACCCUGCUUUUAGUACCUGCAGCACUCAGAUGCUUAACACUGAAGUAUUUGAUGUGUCCUCCCUUGUGGUGGUUCCUCUCCCUUUGUUAUUUUUUUAUGAGCUUUAGUUAAUAAUUCCAGCUGUGCAGAUAGCUCUUAAAUCCACCUUGUCUGUAGUUAGAGAACACAAUGCAGGUUGUGAUUAUUGUGCUUGAUAGAAGGAAUAGGAGAUGAUUGAGAAACCACAGUGAGAGGCAGGGAUGUGCUCUGGCUGCACAGGGCAGCUGGGCUCUG